GUCAGUCUAAACGCGCUUCACGAGUCAGACAUGCCUGCGAAAACACCCUUCUCCGAAGACGAGAAAGAUCUCGUCCAGGACCUUGUGCUGAAAUACAAGACCGUCAUCGAAAAUAAGCGUACGGACGCAAUAUCCAUCAAUGCAAAAGCCAAGGCAUGGGAAAAACUGUGCACGGAAUUCAACAGCAGGCCCUUUGUGCGCCCCGGGACGUCAAGCAGCUAAAGAAGCUGUGGGAUAACAUGAAGCAAAGGUGGAAGCGGGAGAAAGCGAAGCAAAUUCGUGACGUCCUCACUACAGGAGGCGUCCCCCCACCACCGCCUAUGGACGAAAGGCUCGCGCAGAUCGAAUCCAUCGUUCCGCACCUGACCACGCGGGUAACAAAUCCUUUCGACAGCGACCGCCCGCUUGCCACGCCAGCAGCCCAAAGCGCGUCGGAAAUUCUGAACGGGAUGAUCUGUGAAAAUGGACCAGCUGACAGUGAUGAAGACCGAACAGAAGAACUCAGCCAAACCGACAUAGCAGCUAUGCAGUCAAUGCUGCAGAGCUCUUGCACACCAUCCGUGGUUGGUGAAGAUAGGUUAUGCUUGGACGAUCCCGAAGUCGAUGCGGACAUGAGCCAAGAGGAAGCUGCUGAGCCAGGUGCACAAAGUCAAGCGGCAACAGCUGGGUCAAGUGUGCGGAAUGUCCGCGGAGGCAGGCUGUCUCUGUUGCAGCACACACUCGACGUAGAACUCGAGGCUCGCCUUGAUGCUAUAAAAGCAGAUAAAAAACAUAAAAAAUGGAGCACAAUCAAAGAAUGCAGUGUAUGAGAGAAGAGCAUGAGAUCAAAAUCAGCACCUUGAAGGAGCAAAGAAAAAAUUGCAACAUCCAGCACAAAAUCAAGCUUCGGAUCUUAAAAGAAAAAGAAAAAGUACAGCAAGUGAAGCAGGCGUUCCUAAGAAAACAGCUGCAGGCAGCAGACUCUCAAUAAAGGAAUACCUGAGAGCAUAUUUUGGAAACUUGUCACAUUAACAUGCAACAGCAAGCAUAAGUAUAUUUCUUGCAGUUUCAUCAGUUGUUUUCACAUUGUUUUGGAGAUAACAAGCCAGAUGUCUCAAAUGUUAUAUUUAAAUGUCACCAAGUGUAGUGUCUGAAUGUACAUGUGCCUGUUCAGCUGAUGUUUUGAAGUUUUCAUAAAGUCAUUUGAAGAUAUGA